CUCACUUUGUGAGAGCUCGCGCGUGUUGCCACAGGAAUCUCAGCUCUGACAGACCGAGCACGAGACAGUUACUUUGUCUCUCACAGACAAUAUUUAGGUGUUUAUUGCAAGUUUUCUGUUUUAUUUUCGGGUAACAAAGCGUUCUGUUUGCCUAAACUGUUUUACUGGCAGCGUGUUUCAUGUGUUUUAUGUGUUUGCGCUCAACAGUGAGUGUCUUUGCUUGUGAUUUAUCCCGCGGAUGGAUGCAGGCGUCGGGGUGGACAUUUGAGCCCAGCAUGACCAACCUGUCUUAGGGCAUCAUGAAUUCUCUGGUUCUCCGCAAGUGGAUGAGGAAUAUCUCCCAUGAGAUGCUGCUGCUGCUGCUGCUCCUGCUGCCGCUGGUACCGGUUUGGUGUUUUCUGCCUCUGACCGGAGCGGCUCCUUCGCUGACGACCGAGCAGCUGGACAUGGGGGUGGACUGGCUGAGUAGAUUUGGCUACCUCCCACCCCCCGACCCGGUAACCGGCCAGCUGCAGACGAAAGAGGCGUUGACCAAGGCCAUUAAAGCCAUGCAGAAGUUUGGAGGCCUGAAGGAAACUGGAGUAUUAGACCAAGCCACACUAGGUCUAAUGAAAACACCCAGAUGCUCUCUGCCAGAUGUCUCUGAUCCCAACGUGACGGCGGGGCGCAGGAAACGAAGCUUGAACACACAGAACAAAUGGAAUAAGAGGCACCUGUCAUGGAGAGUGAGAACCUUCCCAAAGGACUCAGCCUUGUUGGGCAGGGACACUGUCCGAGCCCUCAUGUACUAUGCCCUGAAGGUCUGGAGCGAUAUUGCACCUCUGAACUUCCACGAGGUGGCCGGCAGUGACGCAGACAUUCAAAUCGACUUCACUAAAGCAGACCAUAAUGAUGGAUACCCCUUCGAUGGGCCUGGGGGAACGGUGGCACACGCUUUCUUUCCUGGGGAGAGGUUCACAGCGGGUGAUACACACUUUGAUGACGACGAGGCCUGGACCUUUAGAUCACCAGACUCCCAUGGGAUGGAUCUGUUUGCAGUCGCAGUUCAUGAGUUUGGUCAUGCCAUCGGCCUGGUCCAUACCUCAGCUAUGGAAUCCAUCAUGAGGCCAUACUACCAAGGUCCUGUGGGAGACCCGCUGAAAUACGACCUACCCUAUGAGGAUAAAGUUCGUGUCUGGCAGCUCUAUGGUGUCAGAGACUCGGUGUCUCACACGAAUCAGCCAGGCAGCCCGUCUCAAACCCCUGAGCCUCCCGUCCUCCUCGACCUUCCUGAAAACAGAUCCACACUCCUACUGGCACAAGAUGCUCCAGACAGGUGCACCAGUCACUUUGAUGCUGUAGCCCAAAUACGAGGAGAGGCUUUCUUCUUUAAAGGGAAGUACUUUUGGAGGCUAACAAGGGAAAAGCACCUGGUGUCUCUCCGUCCCGCUCACAUUCAUCGCUUCUGGAGGGGGCUUCCUCCUAAUUUGGAUAGCGUGGAUGCUGUUUAUGAGAGGCCAGGGGACCACAAAAUAGUAUUUUUCAAAGGUCAAAAGUAUUGGGUAUUCAAAGACAAUAAUGUUGAAGAGGGUUACCCACGGCCAAUUAGUGACUUCGGCCUUCCUGUGGAAGCAGUGGAUGCAGCGUUUGUUUGGUUACACAACGACAAAACCUACUUCUUCAAAGAUAACUACUACUGGCGCUAUGACGACCAUUUGCGACACAUGGACCUUGGUUUCCCCAAAGAUAGCACGCUUUGGAAGGGGCUGCCUCUCCAGCUGGACGAUGCCAUGAGGUGGUCUGAUGGAUCAUCCUAUUUUUUCAAGGGAAAGGAGUAUUGGCGAGUGCCGGGCAGCGACAUGGAGGCGGAGGCAGGAUACCCCCGCUUGAUUGCGAAGGACUGGCUGCUCUGCACCGAGAUGCAGUCGGACUCUCCAGACACAGAAGCCAAAAGCACAGAGACGAGGGUCAACGUGCAUCGGCACCCAGACCAUGCAGAGAAUGGAUACGAGGUGUGCUCCUGCACCUCUGACACCGCCUCGCCUUUGGGUGUCCACUUACCCCCAUCUCCAGUUUGGCUGCUGCUGCCUUUUUGGACGCUCUUACUGACCUUCUACAAUGAACUACUAUGAUGGUGAAGUGCGGGGUUAAGUACUUGUUUUGAGUGCAAGAGAGAGACUAAUUAGCGGAGGCUCUGCAAGAAAGAAAGAAAAAAACUUUAAGAAUUUAUCAUAUAAAUACGGUUUAUUUUGCUUGUUUUGUUCUCUUUAUUUCUCUUUUUUUGGGAGUUAUUUAUUUCACAUGCCAUCUUAUGGUCACUUAAAGAGCUUUGCAGUAGCCUUUCUAUGAACAAUUAUCAGUUAAUAUCCACUGACAGUGACAGUAUUAGAUGUUUCAUAAGCUGAGUUGCACACAAAUACAAGUUAACUUCGCUUUCCAAAUUGCCUCAUUAAUACUGAGAGGGCUAAGAAAAGGGGAACGUUCAAAUAUAAGUGGUUAUAUCAUUACAGAUUUAAUGGCAACUUACUUUGAGGUAUUCAGUUUUAUGAAUAAAAGCUUGUGACUCAACCUGCUAGGGUUUGACAGCCUUCAAGUCGACACCGACAGAGAUUUGGAAAUUACAGCUUCUUACUGACAAAAAGGCAAAAUCUUUUAUAAAAUGGUAUUUAAAGCAAUUUUAUUUAUCAGAGCAUAAUGCUGUAAUGCUGAUACUACAAAUGUUUGCUUAUUGGUGAUUCAUUUAGUGCAAAAUCUAUAAAUUCAUUCCAUUGUUGGUGGAGCUACAGCAGUCUGAUAAGUCCCAAGGUAUUUGUUGUUUUGAUACUACCAGCAGGCUCAACCAACCUCCAUAGGAACACAAACACAGUUCUGCUUUAAAAACAGCACUAAACAUAAAAGUCUUUUGUAAAAUUGAUUUCUAUUAUAUAUGCAAAUUGCUGCAAAAAUAAUCUUAUCACCCUAUCAGUGGUAAAAAACAGAAAAUGCAGGCCUUCUUUGGUUCUCAUAUUCCACCACUCUGAGAAUGUAGUUCCUUAUUUUAAAUUAUAAAUGAGCUUUUGUUGACAAUAACUACACACAACCUCUCAAUCUACCAAAUCAAGCCUUAAAAUUAAAGCUACUUUUCAUCUAAACUGUGUUUAUUCUGACCAUUUCUUCAGUAAAAAACACAAAAACUAAACCUCACCUUAUCAACCCAAAGUAACAAAAGGCUGUCAUGACGGGGAUGCUCGGUGGAUUCAGUUGUUAUUUAUCCAAAUCUUUAGCCCUUAGCCUCUCGAUAUCCAAGUGUGCAUCCUCAACUCCUUAAAUAGUUUGACUUGCAUAUUCUGAAACUAUCGCAAGCAAGCACAUGUUUACUGUUACCCUGCACUGUCAUCCAAAUUGGAUCCAUAUUUGUCUCCAUUUGAUUGAAUGAAGCUGUCGGCUUAUCCCUGAGGUUAGCUGUAGCAUGGAAACGAGGGCGAUGCCAGGAGGUGAGUUGCCUUUUUUAAUGGAAUCAUUUCUCUUUGAAGCCUUUUUGAAGUGUGAACUAGAUAAGAUUUGAUCAGUGUAUGCCAUAUUGACAACUUUAAAGUUUUAUGAUAAGAUGUUAAAGAAGCAGAAUGCAGCUGAUCCACGUGUGAACGCCAUGAGUGUUACCCACUAGACGGCCUCUAUGGGCUGAAGUUGUCAACUCCAACCAAAAUCUGAGCUAAUUUAUUACCAAAACAAAAAUGAACAAAACAGCAACAAAAGGUGUAAUAUUCUGUGCAAAUAUCUUGAUUCCAAAAUCAAAAUGACUAUAAAUAAAUCCUAUAGGUAAUGUUACCAUACUUGUAAUUUUAAACUUGUUCCAUUAUUUUGACAGCAGCAGGAAUAAUUGUAGCUUCUGUGCUUCAAAUAAAUCUACCUUAUGAAAAGCUGUAAUUUCUAAAAUGUUUGAUCAAGUUGAAAGUGAAUACUCUCAGAUGAAAGCUAGAUUUGUUCUGUACAGUCAGUCAUCAUAUAUAUAUAUAUAUAUAUAUAUACACUUCUACAUGGACAGUAUCUUGGAAAAGUAUUCAUUUGACAAAGUGUUUCACACCUUUCAUUGAGAUUUUCUGUGACAGACCAACACCAGUAGUGCAUAAUUGGAGAACAAUUUUCUUUCUACUAAAAGAAAUGCAGAAACUGUAGUGUAUUUAGCUCUCAUGAGAAAUUACUUUAUCCAGUCACUUUUCAUUUGCAUAUGUUUUGUAAUAGCUCUCUUUAGCAGAGGUGGACAACUUUGUAGUGAAAUAUUAGACCAUUUUUCUCAGCAAAUUAGCCUUAACCUCUGUCAGAUUGGUUGAAGAGUGUCUGUUAACAUCAGUUUUCAUUGCCACAUUUUUUACUUUUUUAAUAUAGGAGUAAUCUUUGAUCUAAAGUAUCUAUUAUUGCAAAAGCUGCACACUUAUAAGUUUUCUGAUUUAUGGGUAACCUCUGCCCCAAACCCAACUAUUCUUCAUUUUCUUAACAGUUUUAUUUUAAGAAUUUGAUUUCAUAUAGCUCAAUAUGUCUUCUUUUUCACCUCUGACCAGCUUCCCUUUUUCAAAAUGGGGAUGGUGUUUAAAUUUGGACUUGCACACCUUGUCUUCUUCAUUGCUUGUGGGCCCCUGCAAACAGGAUGUCCUAUUUCUUUCUUUUAACCAUAACUUUCUUCUUGCCACUCUUCUGUAAGGGCUAGAUUUGCUGGGUGCCCUCUUUUUGUCAAAAGCCAAGGUUUCUUCCCAUGCUUUCCAUGCCUGGCAUGGAAAGGAUGGGUACAUAUCCUUUCCAUGCCAGGAAAGGAUAUGUACCCAUCUACCUAUAUUUGGGUAGGUAUGUUUGGAAAUAUGCCAUUUUCCAUUAUCAAAAUUAAGCAGGGCUCUCUGAGAUGCUCAUGGUUCAGCAUUUCAAAUACACUGAAUCCUGAAGGCAAAUUAGUUUCAUUUAUGGGCAUCACAUUAAAGGGGACCACGUUCAUUGCACUACACAUUCUUCAGAUUUGUAUUUGCAGAAUAAUUUUGGAAGCUGUGCGUCGUUUUUCUUCCUAUUCUCUACUUUUCACUAGUUUACGUUGAUCUAUCACAUAAAAACUCAAUGAAAUACAUUUAAACUUUGUGGUAGCAUGAAAAAUUCAAGGGGUAUGACUAUUUUUCUAAGAUACUGAACACGGCGGGUUGAGAUUCAGAUCAGCCGAUCCCAGAGGAAGCGACAGGAUCCCUAUUAAUCUGAAUAUAGACUCCCACCAGGGGGAGAAGCGACAUCCUGAGGUGUCAUCAUUCGACAGGUGACUGACACUGCAGCGCCCGUCUGUGCAGGCAGGUGUAAUGUACCUUGGGAUGUAUUGCAGAUAGAUGGUUAGGUUUACCGAUCAAUGGCUCUGUGGGAGCUUGACGUGUUGAAGACACAUGAGUGGCAUGGUGGUUUUCAACAGGUACACACAUAGACAAGAGGAAGACAAGGGAACAUAGGAUGUGGGGGGGAGACGACAAACGAAUGUUGGACAGAACAUUCAAAACCAAGAUUCCUGCUGUUGCUUAUUGACAUACUCCUUGCUUUCUAUCCAUUUCCUGCACUCCCCCAUCACACAGGUGGUACCUGCCUUGUUCAGAUUUCUCACCUUAAGCACUCCCUCCCAUAACCAGAGGUAGUAUUGGUUUGCUGUAUUUUUUUUGUAUUAAGUAUGAAUAUAUUGUGAGCCAUUUGCUUUGAUGAGAUGACAGCUCAAGCUCCGUUUGAUGACAUCUAACGCAGACCUCACAAAGGCAGCAGAUUUGUUAUUGUUGCUGAUAUAUUUACCUACAAGUUUAAAUAUAGACAGAUAUAUUUGAGUCACAAUGUUCCAUGGUUAAUGCAAACCAAGUGGACUGUGUAUAUUUCAAGGUGUGUUUUCUAAUGUAAAAUAUUUUUGUAGAAAAAAAUCCAAAUAAAGAUUCUG